AUGGCUUCGAAAAAGGUGUUGUCUUUGAUCAUUUUGUGCACAAUCUCAAUCUCUUGUUGUUACUGGGCGGAUGGUGCCUCACACCACCGCGCAUCAGCCCCAGCACCGUCAGUGGACUGCUCCAAUCUGAUAUUGAGCAUGGCUGACUGCUUGUCCUUUGUGUCAAACGACAGCACAUUAACGAAGCCAGAGAAUACUUGCUGUUCUGGUUUGAAAACGGUGUUGAGCACCGACGCUGCGUGUCUCUGUGAGGCCUUCAAGAAUAGUGCUCAACUGGGUGUCGCUUUGAACAUCACUAAGGCUCUCUCACUCCCUUCUGCUUGCAAAAUCCACACUUCUUCUGCCACUAACUGCGGAUUGUCUGCUGGUCCUGCUGGUGCCCCUGUUCCUGGAUCUGCAUCCGGACCAGCUGCGAAUGGCGGAGCAAAUGAAGAAGCACCAGCUCCAUCUCCAGGUUCUUCCGGUUCGAGUGGAUUGUAUGUCUCUGCCGGAUCCCUAAUCAUUGGAGCUAUAGUUGCAUCUUUCUCUAGUUUCUGA